UCAUGAUGUAAUAACAUGGAUUCUUGCAAAUGUCGUGGAUAUUAUUAUUUCGAUCCAUUUCGCCUUGGUUAUUGCUGCCUAUGCUGCAGAACAUGGCUCUAAAGAAAAUAAUUAUUCCAAGGCAUAA